GGGAGAAUCAAAUGCGAUGACAACGGACUGGCUGUGCACAGCUCCAAGCUCACAACACUGUUUGGAUAAUGGAGAGUCACAGGACAGAGGCGGGGGAUCACCCGCCUCCUGGGGCCGGAUCUGGAUGGCAACAGCGCGGGCCCGCUCGCCCCCACAGAGGGCGGUGGUGCUGGGGACCUUCCCUCAGGUGCCGACCCCCAGCUGCGCCGCUGGUAACCGACAGGCCAGGCUAGCCGCCUCCGCCCCCACUUCGCGCGCCACGGCGGAAGUGGCAGCCCGAGAGGUUGGCGGGUGUCGGAAGAAGAGGGCGGGGGGAGACCGUGCGCAGCGGCAUAUGGCCGUGGAGUGGCGGGACCGCCGGGGGUCUCACCUGAAGCAGGGAGAGUCCUCCAACACCAGCACGCGGCAAGAGCAAGAUGGCUGCCUCAGCCCAGACAGAGAAAGACGACGGAGGCGGCGGCGGCGGGAGCGGGGCCCACGUGAUACAGCCAGCCCUCACCAGAGCAACCUAUCCGGGGAGAGCGAGUGCGAACUACAGGGCCCAGCCUGCUCUGCGCCUCCCAAUGGAAAGGUGACAGGUGCGGGUGGCCGCGGUGCAUUCUGGAGCUUGCAGUCUCCCAAGCUUUCCAUUGUGUUGGUGCCUGCGAUAGGUAGGGAGCCUAAUAAAAGCGCAGUGUGUAUUUUUGUUUGGGUGUGUACUUUGUCAGAUGUCUUUACUAGGCAUUAAGUAUGCUCUGUCGUACUCAACUAGUCUCCACCUAGGAGGCGAGACAGGACAUUUUGACCUGUUAAUACAUACAGAGAAAAAAAAUUUGGAGAAAUACUCAACCCACAAAGUUUAAAGACAACAAAAGCAAAAAAAGAAAAAAUAAAUAAAAUAAAUAAAAAACAACAAAAGCAAACGGGCUUAACCAGAAGAAGCUCUACAGUUUAAAUGCCUGCAGUGACU